UACCGCUUUUGGUGUCGAAGCGGCGACUUUGAUCGCAUCAAAGAGGGCGAAAGAGGCGAAGAGAGAGAGAGAGAGAGAGAGAAAGGGGGAGGAAAGAAUGGGGGUUAAGGUGUACGGGAUGCCGAUGUCGACCAACACGGUCAGGGUGUUGGCGGCGCUGAACGAGAAGGGCGUGGAGUUUGAGCUCGUCAUAGUCGAUCUCCGCACCGGUGCUCACAAGAAGCCCGACUUCCUCGCCCUAAACCCGUUCGGUCAGAUCCCUGCGCUGGAGGACGGAGAUGUUGUCCUUUUUGAGUCGCGCGCGAUUAACCGCUACAUCGCCACCAAGUACGCGGAGGCGGGGCCGGACCUGCUGCUCUCCAGCGGCACCCCGGCGGAGCGGGCGGUGGUGGAUCUGUGGCUGGAGGUGGAGUCGCAGCAGUUCGGGCCGCCCAUCGCGGCGCUGGUGUACGAGGCCCUGAUCAAGCCGAUGCUGGGCGGCGCCACCGACGUGACCGUGGUGGAGGCGCAGGCCACGAAGCUGGAGAAGGUGCUGGACGUGUACGAGGCCCGGCUGGCCCAGAGCAAAUACCUGGCCGGUGCUGAGUUCACCCUGGUGGACCUGAACCACAUCCCAUACACCAACUACCUCAUGAAAACCCCCAAGGCGAGCCUCGUCACCUCCCGCCCCCACCUGCUCGCCUGGUGGCAGGACAUCUCCUCCCGCCCCGCCUGGCAGAAGACCGCCGCCGCUAUCCCCUUCUGAUUCUUCCCCCAUCUAUCUAUUUCAUAUAUUAUGAUGAUGGCACAUCAGGGGGAGAAAGUAGUAUCUCCCCCUGUUGCUCUCUCUGCCAUCCGUGGUUGCAAUUCCUGUUCGGUGUCGUGCAAUUUCUGUUCGUGCUCGAGGACAGAAAUAAAUAAUGUGUCAGCAAUGUAGACAGUUGACAUCUGAAGUAAUGUUGUUGUUUAUGUUA